CCUCAAUCGACUCGAUCCGUGUCACCCCAAGCUUCACACAAGAACAGCUCUCCCAAUAUCCAACUAGUCAUUUGCAGAUUGAACUUUCAACUGCAGCCUUUGUGGUGUUCAACCAUGCCUGCAACCACGUAACUCAACCUCUCUUUGACACCUCGAAUUGGUGCGAACAAAACCCCCCCACGCCUGGGCCAUCCAGUCAAGGACUAGGUUAUUUGAGACCUUGUCCAACCUCUGCUCGCGAGAACUUCCAAUUGUUGGCCAAUAUGGCGUCGAUCAGCUUCCACAGAACUUCUGCACACCUGAUUGUUUGGUCUGCGCUUAUGCUCUUUCUGGCAUCUGUCUUCCCUGUGGUCUCCGCGGUCGAGAAUACGAGGUGGAUCAAAUACACUGGCAAUGAUGGCACUGUUUGGCUGGACGACAACCGAAGACCCUCUCUUUACACGCAGAAUUUUGGUGAUUGUCAAGGUGAUUCCUUGAUCAAUGUCACCCGCUUCGAUGCCGCAUACUACAAAGACAACAUGACCGUACUCUUUCAUUUGGAAGGAGACACGGCCUUGGCGGAUGAGAGCCUCAUGCUCUAUAUUGGCGUCUUUGCCUAUGGAGAAUCACGCUUCAACCUUACUUUCAAUCCCUGCAACGCCAACAUAAACAGCUUGUGUCCCAUGAACUCAUCCGUCCCCAUAGUGGCAAACGGCAUCAUCCCAGUCGCUCCAAGCGAUGUUGCGGGUAUCCCCCCUAUAGCCCUCACCAUCCCCGACUUUGAAGGACAAGCAAUCCUGCGCAUCUUUGCAAAUUCCACCGAAUCUCAGAUUGGUUGCUUUUCAGCUGUUGUUACCAAUGGCGCGACCUUUGCCCAUCCUCAGGCAGUCUCAGCUGUUCUCGGCGUUUUUACCGUCAUUGCCCUGAUCUCCUCCAUUGUCGUCACUGUUUACGGCCAGACAGUCACCGAAACCCGCAAGCACUAUGCUCACUCAAUAUCAAUGUUUGUCGUCUUUUCCGUCUAUCAGCAUAUCUUCUUCACAGGGGGCUUGUCCAUGAACUGGCCCAGUGUUUUGGUCUCUUUCUGGAGCAACUAUGCAUGGUCGGCUGGUAUAAUAUACAGUCAGAAGAUGCAGAAUUCCAUCAAUCAAUUCAUUGACGGCAAUCGAGGCAACAUUUCAAUGGUCGGCGCGGCCCAAACCGGUGAGAAUGCAGUUGAUCUUGGUGGCGGCUACCAGAUCUCUCAGAUCUAUAAGAGGAUGCCUCUCCGUUUCCCCUCGCAUCGGUCUGCCUCCGCCUGGAGCCCAGCCUCAAAUGCCAUGACCCAUUUGUCCCGAAGAGAAGAAUCGAACACCACGUUGACCUUCUCCUGGUACGGGAAACCUGUCAGUCCCGGUCUUCCUUUGCCUGGAAACUACUCAGGCUUUGCUGGCACUCUUGCACAGAUCAAUAUUCCCGCCUCAAACGCAUUCCUGACCGGCCUUCUGUGGUUUUUGAUCCUCGUCGCCUGUCUUAUGGCAGCAUUGGCGCUAUUGAAAUGGUCAAUCGAACUCCUUGCCGCUUUGCGGUGGAUCAAGACACCACGGCUCGCCUUAUUCCGGAAACAUUGGCUAUUGUUCAUUGGAGUUGCGGUUCUCAGAACAUGUUACAUCGCCUUCUUCGCCAUGAUGUUCUUGACCAUGUUUCAAUUCACCCUCGGCGGUGCAAAGGGAGUCAAGAGCGUUGCGGCUGUUGUAUUUGUCAUCUUCCUGGUAGGCAUGCUGACCGCAUGCGGCCUUGCGCUUUGGUACCGAACAAGAUCACCUCCUCUUCAGACAGCAUCCCCUGACGAAAAGGCAAACGAGUUUGCGACAGAGUCCGAAAUGGCCUGGCCAACAUCAAGCUCUCACACAUCAUGCCCAGAAGGUGAGACUCAAGAACAGCAAAACAAACCUCUCGCACGGUUCCAGCGGUUAUUACCCUCUCUCGGCGCAGGUCUGGUCCAUGUCCACGAUGACGAGAGAUACAUUCUUCGGUUUGGCUGGCUGGCAUCAAGAUUCCGUCGGAGUAAAUGGUGGUUCUUCUCCGCCUGGCUCAUCUACGAAUUGGUUAGAGCAGCACUCUAUGGCGGCGCAGCAGGGCAUCCGCUCGUCCAGGUCUUUGGGCUUUUGGCCUGGGAGAUCUUGGCUUUGAUUGCCAUUGUCAUGAUGAGGCCUUUUCAGAGUAAUCGGCUCAACCUGGUCAUGGUAUAUGUCUUGGGUUUCAGCAAGGUGGUUACUGUGGCGCUGUCCUGCGCAUUCGAUCCACGAUUUGGCCUUCAGCGGAUCGUGACGACCGUCAUUGGUAUCAUCAUCAUUGUGAUCCAAGGAACGCUGACGAUUUGUCUAAUGCUCGCGAUUGUUCUUGGAGCUAUCGGCAGUUACAUGUCCAUCACGCGGUACCAUGAAACAAUCAAGCCACGGUCCUGGUUGCCAUACCGAACACGCUAUUUUGCGCAUGUGCAGCGGAAGGCGACCGACUUGCCAAAACCACCCCCUCCUCCACCGCCUCCGGAGCCAGAACAUCCCAAGGAGCCGUACUUUUUGGUUUCGGCAGUUCGAAGAGAACCCAAGAUUGAAGAUGAGACACCAGAUCCAGAAGAGAAAUCAGAAGAGAAACAGGAGGCAGAGGGACCAUCGGCCAACCCACAGAUUGGGCCGAGUGAUCCCUUCUACACUUCCCGAAGCCAAUCUAUGCGUUCUCGUGCCAGCACCUCAUCUCUACCAUACGGGGCACGGCUGCAUCGGACAAGUUGGAGUAUACGCGAUUUCCAGCAGACCGACCUGAGCACCGACGCGGGCGCCGGACGCACACCUAUGAGUCGAGACGGCAUGCAGGAUGGAGUCGCCCGACAAAAUACGUCAAGUUCACGCGGAGGCCCAUCCACUGGGGAUGAAGACAUAAUGAUUACAGCGCUUCCUCAGGGGUUAGACCGUACUAGAAGUUCGAGGGGCCACCGCCGGAGCGCCUCGUAUAUCGCCAAACGUGAUAGCUACACGGUCGAUGAAGAGACAGAGAAUGAUCCAGACAUGAUUCAGCCGGCAUGAAUGAUAUGGAACCAUGAAACCGAAUCACGACAGAGGUCCUGACUUACCCAUCGCCACUGAUUUAUGCUUUCCUUCCGCAUCUUAUACCCAAUACAUGAGUUCGGCGAACAAUGUGAUAUGAGCAUUUCACUCGGAGUCAAGGAGUACAUUACCUAUCAAGGCCACAACAGCUGAGCUUGGAUGGAAUACUAUGAGCAUCCAAUCCUUGUCACACUAAGUGCUGGAAUCAUAUGUAGAAGCAUCACUUGAUAGCAG